CGAAUCUUGUUUGUCUUGCGGUGAUCUUCAGUGGUCCAUGCGCAUACCCAAAAAGGUAGUGCCCCGUUACGUCAGCAGACCAAUAAGUGAGUGCGCGGGCCGGUCCGCGAAUGGCCGGCUUCGCCUCCAGCCACACCUCGACAACGCGCCAGACAUCGCCGCCGCCCACGCCCCUCGACUCUACCCGCUGUCCACCGACUCCUUCCCACCUCGAGGCUCUCCCCACUCCAUGAUAUGCCCCGAAACCACAACGCAGGCCCUUCUACCCUCCGCAACCGGAACCGUGUCACCAACAAAACUCGCCUCAAGGUCAUCACUGAGAGCAUCGAUGCGGACCCGAUCGUGCUCGAUGAGGACGAACACCACUUGCAGGCAGUGUUGUCGGCAGCGGCGACACGACAUCAGUCCACUGGGCGCUAUACCAGAGGGAAGGAGAAGGAGAAGCCAGCACCAGCAGCGUACAUCCCAACCCCUGAUAGCACUGGGCUGGUGGACAACUAUGAAGAACUAUACACUCCUGGUCGAUGGAAAGAUCCUUCCACCUAUCUCAAGUUCUCAGACACGCGUGACAAGGAGUGGCUCGAUAGAAACAAUGCUGAGGCCGGCGGCGAAGGCACCAGUGCACAGGGUGCGAUGUCUGGCACCGGUACGCGGUCGGGAAGGGGUUCCAAAGCCAAGGGCAAGGAUCCUGACGUCCCUCAACCCGUCGCCAUGUCCGAAGACGAGUUCGAGCUCGUCAUGGCGAUAUUCGAGAAAGUGACGCAUGAGAAGACGGAGUUCUUGCAUCAUGGACUCGAACAGGGCACACCUUUCCCCCCGUUUAAUGACUAUCAAGACACGUUUGCAGAAGAGUUAAAUCCCUCGAUGUUCGCGCUGUAUUCUGUUCCGGACUGGGUUCCUACCCAGUUCACCUUUCUCGACUUGCUCAUACUAUCUAUUCGUAUUGGCGAGAACGACGCACGGAACGCGGGGGGCACCCCAUUAUACCCGCAGUCAAUUGUCUCACAGCUCGACGAGAUGGAUACGAAGAACGAGUCGUACAUUUGUUUCAGACGACGCGAAAUCAAGGCCAUCAGGAAGACUCGUGCUCAGCAGGCGACCUACUCGGACAAGAUGGCGCGCCUCCAGGCAGAGCUCACCACAGCUUCCGACAUGGCGACGGGAGUCCUACGACGAGAACAGCUCAAACGGGACGCAUCUGCUCACAGCAACGCCGUCUGGAAGAAGCGAUGCGAUCUCGUCGAUCUCAAGCGGAAGUUCCCCAGUUUGGGCACAAAGGAGGACGAGGAGCUCUUCCAUGACAAAGAGCGGGUGGCGAAGAAACCGAAACCAGACAUCGCUCGCAUUCCGCUCAAAUUGCGCACGCGGGACAACGGCGAGCUGCCCUCUCCUGUGGCUCAUGCGGAGAUGGUCAUACGGCCGAAGGAACGCCAGGCGCAGAUACAGCACCAGAUCGAGCAAGAUUUAGCGAAGAGGAAAGAGAAGGAUCAGAAAUGGGAAGAUUAUGUCGACAACCCGUAUCAGCCUCCUCCUCUGCCUUAUGCGUGCAAGCUGUACAAGUUCUUCGCAUCGAGUCGAUCUUCCUCUUCAUCCGAGCUAUCUGCGAGUUCGAAUGGCACGGCCAAGCCACUUGCGCGUCCGACCCGUGCAGGUCGCAUACGCUUUGGACGUGGCGGACGUGUCCACUUGGAUCGACGUUCACAUUCGACACACCUGUCUGACUCGUCAUCGUCCGACGAUGAUGUAGAGGAGGAGGAGCACAAGCAACGGUUAGCCGAACGGUGGAAGUUCGAUGCCGACGAUGUCCCUGCAGUGGGUCCAGACGGGCCAGAGGAGAAGGAUCGUGUCUUGAUCGACGAUUAUGAACCUAAAUAUCUCGUCCACCACAUGACCCUUCUAUCCGAGCAGGACAUGGCCAGCCUCAUGCCGGAUCCGACCCUUACUGUGACAUCGAGCGAUGGUCGUCAGCAAACGAUUACACCGUUCAGGCCAGGUUCGCAAGGGCAGUAUGGGCGAUCGAUGCCGCAGGUUGCACGACAGCUUCCAGCACCCAUGACACCCGCGCGCCCGCUCCAGUCCUUGCAGUCGUCUAGCUCUGGUCUCUCAAUCUCGCAGGCGGGGACACCUGUGUCUGUGGCCACGCAGCUGAAGCAGAUGGCGCCCCCUGCGAUCCCUCAUAUGCGCAUCUCGUCGAGCGGAGGCAUACGGGUGCCCGGGCUGCCAACAGUCCCGGCCAUCAACAUGCAAGCCCCACUUGCCAACCACGACGCGAAUGGUCACGCAGAUUCGUCUGACCGACCGGCCAAGUCCCCCGCGCUGCAGAGCCCUCGUAGUCAGCAGCAUGGGUCGCCUGAACAACAAACCGUCAACGCUUCCUCUGCCAACUCUUCUCCCGUGCGUGCGAAGGCUCAGCCUCCGCAAGCGAUCACUAUGCCCACUGUGCCUAAUGGCUAUCAUAUCCCGAGCGUUAAUGCCUACUCCGCCGCUAUGCCCAAUGCCACUUACAUGCAUGCGAACAACCGUCCAAACGGCUUGACCCUGCAACAAAUGCAGACGAUGAAGUCUGCCUAUGCAUCUAUGUCUCCUCCUCCCGAUAAUUCAAUGCAAGCUAAUACCGCCAACGGUCAGUUGCGAACCCCGGCCUCUUACCUCGGUCACGUACUCCAGAAUGGCCAUCCCAAUUACGCUGCUCAGCUGGCGAACGCGCGACACAUGCAACAGUGGGCAGCCGCGACCGCUGCGCAUCAACAGCAGCGUCCGCCCUCUGCCAACGCAGCGGAUGGGAACGCCGUCGAUGGUAUGCAUCCGCCCGCGAUGUCACCACCGAUAUCCACCACGCCCGUGCGGACACCAUCAGCGAAUGGUAUGCGCACGCCGAUGUCGCGUGGUAUGGCUGUCCCUGGGGCCGCCCACGCAAUGGGCCAACCGCAAGGCCGAGCAUCGCCUGCGAAUCCACACAUGGCUCGAAUGACGACGCCACUCACGCCGUCGCCGCAUCUGCUGAACUCCUCGCUGGCUGUGACACAACCACAAGGGUCGCCGACGAGGUCUCCACAGCCACCGAUGGCGUCUCCGUCGUUGCAGGCGCGGCAGGCGGUGGGCAGCUCUGGGGCGGGCUCCCGGUCUCUUUGGUCGUCAUCCUCCGUCUCUCCCCCUUGACUCUUGUCCCUCGUUGCUGUUUGAGUACUUUAUAUAGCUUCAAUGGUCUUUCCGCUCCUU